UGGGGCGCUUCCGGAUUCGCGCGGGCGGGACGAGGCGGGGCAGAGGUAGGAGGGGAAUGGGAAGCGCGAGAGUUCGCCGGCCGCUGCUCCGAGAGCCGAGGCGGGAGGGAGAGAAGGUCUCGCGCGGGGAAGCGCAGAAUGGAAACAGAUUAUAGUCACGUGGAGCUUAGCAGUAACACGGAAAUAGAAGAUUCUGCAUUUCAAGAUUUUGAAAGAACAGAUGUAAAAGACAUGAGACUAGAAGCCGAAGCUGUUGUGAAUGAUGUUCUUUUUGCUGUUAGCAACAUGUUUGUCUCCAAAAGCCUGCCUUGUUCAGAUGAUGUUGCAUAUAUCAAUGUGGAAACAAGAGAAAGGAACAAAUACUGUCUGGAGCUCUCAGAAGCAGGGCUUAGGGUGGUGGGUUAUGCUUUUGACCAGGUGGAUGAUAAUAUACAAACUUCCUACCAUGAGACAGUAUACUCUUUGUUGGAUACCCUUAGUCCAGCAUACCGAGAAGCUUUCGGAAAUGCACUCCUAAGAAGACUGGAAGCUUUGAAACAGGAUGGACAGUCAUAAUUUAUUCUACAAUAUAAACUUUUCUUUGGGCUUGCUGCUGGAAACUUUGAAUUUAGACCCUAGAUUCUUGCUAAUGAAUAUAAUAUGAAAUAAUUUUUUGUUUUGUUUUUCGGCAUUACUGUUUGCUUCAAAUAUAGGCUUCUCAUUCCAAGCAGUAUUAAUAAUAAACUGCUCUUGUUACUUCUUCCACCUAGGGAAUUUGGCAGCCUUUGAUUUGUGAUAUAGAUCAUGAAUAUGUUUAGAUUUCUUUGGAAUACUAUUUCUGCAUUUUGAAAACAAAACAGUAUUUUAUUAUAAAAAUGCAGGGCUUUAAUGCAUCUAGCAUUACAUGUGGAAUUCUAGAGUUGCCUAAUAAAAUUGGCAUUCUAAUUAAUUCUCUACAAUUUUAAUCCAGCUUGCUAAAUCAGGGGUUCAAUAUUAGGUUGGACUGAAUUUGUAGUGAUUAUUUUGCUACUGGCCUUACAGGGAACAAAUCAUCAACUAGUUUCCCCUGCACAAACUUUGAAAUUGCUUAAACUAUUUAUAUUAGUGUGAAUUGAUAAAAAAAAAAAAAAAUGUAUAUAACUUAUCUAGUAUUGUUGUGCUAAAUGACACAGGGAUUAGCAGUUUUAUGUAUCCUAUUUGCAACAGUCAGCCAGCUAAAAAAGGAUAAACCUUUAGCCUAUGAAUGUAAAAAUUACUAUCUAAUCUCUAAGAUACCUAAGCACAGAAUAAAAAUAGGCUCCAUCUUUUUUUCUUAAUAAAGAACAUCAUGAAAUUGCAUUGUUAAAAAGAUGUUAUAAUCUGUUUUCCUAGGAAACAAUAUUUUGGCCCAUGUUGAUUCUUAUUUUUCUGAAUGUUUGUUUACAUAAUGUACAGUGUUUAUAUAUUCAAAAGUAUUUUUGCUUCAAUGUUUACUUUCUAAAAUGUAGUCCUUUGGUAUCCUAUGAUGCUUCCCUCUUUCCCUUCAAGUGUACAGUGUUUUGUGUCAAUGCUAAAUCUACAAUGUAAUAAUGCAUUGUAUAGGUUUGAAACCAAAGGACAUAUGAAGCAUUCAAAGACUAAUAUUUGGAAAAAGGAUACUCUGUAUUUUGUAUUUUACUACAAGUACUAAUAUUUGUAAGUUUAUUUUAACUGAAUCAUGCUGCUAUGUGUUUUCAGGUACAUGUUGGAUGGGAACAAUGGGGAUUGGUUUUUAAAUAAUCAACUAACACCAUAGUAGAAGUAAAAUUCAAUACUUGGAUAAGUUUCCUGAGUCUCCUGAAUUUGCAAAGUGUUAUUCUUUGUUUAAUAAUAAAAUAUGCUCCUUUUUGUUCUGAUUAAAUAUUAAUUUGUAUAGGCCAGAGCAAAAGUAAAAUUAACUUUUUGUAGUCAAUUAUUAUUGACAAAUUAUUGGAAUGCUUUCAUUAAGUUUCAGAGGAUUCAAAAAUGUGUAGCUUUGUUUUCAAUGCUUAAUAGUAAAAACAAAUCUACAUUUAACUUAAAAUUUCUCAUGGUCAUUUUCAAGCUAAAUGUAAAAAAUUGAUAUGUCUCAAUAAACAUUUCCUUAAUUUUAGUUAAAGUAUGAAGAAAAAUGGGUUUUUUGCUUGGAGAAAAUUGAAAUUGCUGAUUUUAUGAGUUGUUUCAGGGCUCAUUAGUUCUCAUGUAACAAUUCUAUAUUUCUUUAAUUAUGUAUUAGAAGGAUUAAUUUGGUUGCUAGUCUGAGAAAAAGAGAUUGAUUUAUUCAAUUUGUAGACUCUUCACUGUUGAUUUUAAUUUAAAAUUAUGUUGAUUUGGAUCUAUAAAAUAUGGGUUGCACUUCCUAUCUUACACCAGUUGCAAAGAAAGCACUUUGUAAACCUUAGAGCACUAUAAAAUGUUAGUAGCCUUUGUUGGCAUACAUAAGAAUUUUAAUCAUUACAGAUUUCAACUUUGCCUUAGCUAUUUGAAGAAUUCAUUCAGAAGGUUUUUAAAGGAAAUUGUGUUUUCUUAGCUUUUUAAAAAAGCUAUAUUUAAUAAAAAUAAACUUAUUAGUUUUAAGAUUGAACAA